UUUGUUGACACUUUUCGGAGCAGAACAAGUGCGAGAGUCAGAAGUUUUUUCUCGUAAUUUCGUGUAAAAUCCCAGGAAAGACACAAAAUCGAGACUUUUUUUUCUCCUCUCGCGGAAGCAGUUCUAUUUUUUUGAAGAGAUAUGUCCGUGGCAAAGGAAUUAUAGCAAAAGCAUAAUGGAGAGAAGAAUCAAGCUGAAAACCCUGAAUGAGCAUAUUGUGUGCGCGAUAUGCUCAGGCUACUUGGUAGACGCAACAACAGUCACAGAAUGUCUUCAUACCUUUUGCAAAUCCUGUUUAGUGAAACACCUGGAGGAGCGGAACACCUGUCCAACAUGUGACAUAGUCAUUCAUCAGUCCCACCCCCUAAAUUAUAUCUCAUUUGACCGCACAAUGCAGGACAUUGUGUUUAAACUGGUUCCCAUGUUACAAGGUGAUGAAUUAAAACGAGAGAGAGAAUUCUACCGAGCCAGAGGGGAAGUGUGUCCUAAAGAUCUUCCACAAGCUAAUGAAGAGGAGCUCCAGCAAGAUGAUAAGGCUGUGAAUGAUACAGACUACCAUAGAUUAGAUGAACAGGUUAACAUCUGCUUGGAGUGCAAGUGCCCUACCUUGGCUCCAUUGAAACGCAGAUUUAUCCGCUGCUCGGCACAAGCAACCAUAACGCAUCUAAAGAAAUUCUUAGCACUUAAGGUCUUAGAAGGACCACAGAAAUAUAGAGAGAUUGACAUAAUGUGCAAUGAUGAGAUGCUCGGCAAGGAUCACACCCUCAAGUUCGUACAGGUGACGCGCUGGAGGUUUCGAAGUCCACCGCUAAUGCUCUCUUACCGGCCGAGGAUUGAUAUUUUACACGAUUAAGGAGUAGAUUAAUAAGACAUACUUAUAAGGAAUUGGACAAAAUGGUUUCCUGCCAAAUGGAUUUCGUUACAUGGUUUCUGAUUGUAUUUUAUAUAUAUUUCAGUUGUAAUAUGUUUUUAUUUAUUUACUUUGGAGGAUUAUCUUAUUAUUCAUUUUGGUUUGAAAAGUCAAGAGUAAUUCAGAUCACUUGUGCAUGUUGCAUUUGAAUCAAAAAAUAUAUAUGGAGUGGUUUAUUAAGUGUUUGAGUUGGGAUACAACAAAAACAAUAGUAGAGAAUCGUAAUUUUAUUUCAAUGCAAUAAGUGGUUUGUUGAGGCAACGUGGAUUGUGCAAAAUUGAUUGAUCCUUUCUCAAGAUUAUUUUCUGGAAUAGCAUGAUAGCUAAAAGAUGAAACCAUUAACAUAUCUUAAAGAACUGAGUGAGUAUUUCCAAUAUAUUUUGGUAUCCAAAUUUAUGUAUGAUCAAAAACUGACAAUAACACUUCAACUUUUAUAUGAUAAA